AAAGUAACGCGGACAGCUCGUUUCACAAAAGAGAAAAAACAAAGAACGUUCGGCUCAAAAUGCGACGCGUCAUCAGCGGGACUCGAACCUGAGACGGACACACACAUGGAGCCGGGGGGGGCGACAACCAGCGGACCGACCACACAACAACAACAACACAACAACACCAACAACAAACAACAGCUGACUGUGCACAUCUGACCCAGGUGGUCUGAUUUUCUCCGUGGCGUCUGGGUGGAGCGUGCCACCCCCCCACUCCACAACAACGACGGCUUUUGCCUGCAUCCUCCAGUGUUUCUUCUGCCAGCACGUCCAGCAGAGCUGCAACUCGUCCAGCGCCAGCCCGGACGCCAGCGAGGAGCCCGGCCCCACGGACAUGGUGAAGAUGACCAAGUCCAAGACCUUCCAGGCGUACCUGCCCAGCUGCCACCGCACCUACAGCUGCAUCCACUGCCGGGCUCACCUGGCCAAUCACGACGAGCUCAUCUCCAAGUCAUUUCAAGGCAGCCAAGGACGAGCCUACCUGUUCAACUCAGUGGUGAAUGUGGGCUGCGGGCCAGCUGAGGAGCGGGUUCUCCUCACGGGUCUACACGCCGUGGCCGACAUCUACUGUGAAAACUGUAAAACCACGCUGGGCUGGAAAUACGAGCACGCCUUCGAGAGCAGUCAGAAGUACAAGGAGGGGAAGUUCAUCAUCGAGCUGGCUCACAUGAUCAAGGACAACGGGUGGGAGUGACGAGGCCACGCCCCCUUUUCUCUGACCUUGGGAUUAUCUUUACUGAACUGCGUGGAGCGAUAACGUCCUCCCAUCACUCCGCCCCCCCGACCACC